AUGGUUGAAAAUGAUGAUACGAUUUAUAAAUAUCACCAUCCUUUUCGUCCUUAUGACAUCCAGAUAGAGUUGAUGAAUGCGAUCUACGACACCAUUGAUAAGAAGUACAAAAUUGGGUUAUUCGAGAGUCCUACAGGGACAGGAAAGACUUUAUCAGUAAUAUGUGCUACAAUGUCAUGGCUAAGAAGUUACAAGAAGAUUAAAGGUCUUGUGAAGGUUGACCAUCUGGAAUCUGAAUGCAGUAGUGAUGAAGAUCCAGAAUGGGUUAAACAAGCCUAUUCUAAAUCAUUAGCGUCAAGAUCAAAGGGAAAACUUGAAGAUUACGAGACUUAUCUUGAGAAAUUGAGUUUAGAAUAUAAGUCACAGCUCCAAGAAAUUGACAACUUAGGUUCAAAGAAGAAAAAAAGGAGAAUAAAGAGUGAAGAUAAAUUUCUAGAAGAUGAAUUGGUGCCUGAAGAAUACCAUAGUGAUAUCGAUUCAAAUAGCGUAGAUGGAUUAAAUUCGAAAUUGAAAAAUGAAAUAAAGGUUUUGAUGGACAGGACUGAGACCCCAAAUGGAUUUGACGAAUCAUCUAAUGACUGUCCAAUUAAAAUAUAUUAUGCGUCAAGGACACACUCGCAGUUGAAUCAGUUUGCUGAUCAACUAGCAUUGCCGAAGUUUAACAGUUCUUUCGAAGACUUAGAAGAGAGAACUAAGUACAUAUCUUUAGGUUCUCGAAAGCAAUUAUGUAUCAAUCCAAAGAUCAAUCGACUUUCGAAUAACCUGAGUCUAAAUGAUGCUUGUUUGGAUCUACAAAAGCUGAAGGAAGGAUGUAAAUACUUGCCACGAGACAAUCCUAAGCUAAUUAAAAAAUUCAGCGACCUUGCGUUUACUCAAAUUCAUGAUAUUGAAGAACUAGGAAAAUUGGGAAACAAUUUAAAUGUUUGUCCAUAUUAUUCAGUCAGAAGUGGUAUUGAUCUUACAGAGAUCAUAUCUCUACCAUAUCAAAUGUUGCUAGAAGGUAAUACGAGGCGAGUUCUUAACUUAAAAAUCGAUGACUCAAUAGUAGUUAUAGAUGAGGCUCACAAUUUAUUGGACAUUAUAAACUCAAUGAACUCAGUUUCUAUCACCAUUGAUGAAUUAAAAAAGGUGGUCGAUUCUUUGAAACUCUACUUGAACAAAUUUUUGAGAAGGCUCAGCAGCGGAAAUAGAAUUUACUUGAUGAAAUUAAUCAAGCUAUGUCAAAUUCUUGUAAAUUUCAUAACUGGAGCAGAAAAUAUACAUGUUGGUUCUGAAAUCCUUGUUGAUAGCAUUUUCAAAAAAUCGACUGGCGACUUGAUCAAUGUGCACAAAAUAGAGAAAUAUCUUGAAAAAUCUAAAAUAGCGUAUAAGAUUGAGACGUAUAUGGAAAGAAUGAUAGACUCUGGCCAUAAAUCGAGCAGUUCAAACCCACUCUUGUUCAAGAUAACAAAAUUUUUAAAGUGCUUGAACAAUCCAUCAAAGGAAGGUAAACUUUUUUGGGAUAAAAAAGGAGAUUUUUUAUCUAUCAACUAUAUGCUUCUAGAUCCAAGUGAAGUUUUCAGAGACAUAGUUGAAAGAGCAAGGUGCGUGAUAUUAUGUGGUGGAACAAUGGAACCGAUCAGUGACUAUUUGAAUUAUUUAUUUCCAUAUGUACCAAAGUCUCAAAUCAAAGCUUUUAGCUGCGAACACAUCAUUCCAAAAGAGAACCUUGAGGUUUAUCCUAUUGAAUCAUAUAGUCGUAUACCGUUAGACUUUCUGUUUCUGAAAAGAAAUGACCGUCAAAUCAUCAGGAGUUUGGGUGCAGUGAUUCUUGCGAUCACUAAAAAGACUCCUUUUGGAACGGUUGCUUUCUUUCCAAGCUAUAAAUAUUUGAAUGAAGUUGUAAAAGUCUGGAAAGAAACUGGAAUAUUCGAAGAAAUCAACAACUUGAAGCAAAUCUUUCAAGAGUCGGCUGAAUUCUCAGCAGUUGAUUCUAUAUUGGAUAAAUACAAGUCCAAAAUCAUAGAGAGAAGAGAAGGAGCGAUUUUGUUUGCAGUAGUUGGAGGUAGGCUUUCCGAGGGCAUUAACUUUUCUGACGAUUUGGCUAGAGCAGUAGUUAUGGUAGGACUACCUUUCCCCAAUGCAUACUCUGGAGAGAUAAUGGCGAGAAAAAACUUUAUAGAAGCUAAUACAAUUUUAAAAGGUGGAACAUCGAAAGAUGCAAAAGAAAACUCAAAUGAUUUUUAUGAGAAUAUCUGUAUGAGAGCCAUUAAUCAAAGUAUAGGGAGGAGUAUUAGACAUGCUAAUGACUAUGCGAUUAUUUAUUUAAUAGAUCGUAGAUAUGGUUUUGAAAGAAUUCAACUGAAACUUAGUGGAUGGGUUAGGAAGAGACUCCGAAACGAUUUGAGUUUCAACGACAUAAUUGAGCACUCUGAGGAAUUUUUCCGCUCAAAAACGGUAGUUAAAUUGAAGUAG